UCCGCCCUGGAAACUCAGAAUCUCAGAAACCGUAUAUCUGGUAACACCGUGAUACACCUUGCCUGUAAAAUGCCAUAACACCCGACAAAAGAAGAUAUUUAUCCGGAUAGCAUGACAGCGGUACCGACCGAGAGUAUGAAAACAUCGGAUCCACGCAUGAUGCUGCAACUGUUAAUUUUGUGUACGAUUGCAUUAGGAACAGAUUGUCAACAAUCGGGAAGGCCUCUGUUUAAACUGGAUGUGUCCUGGCCUAAGUACACUGAGGACUUUUCUGGUGAAGCUUUUGGUGUGGCUGUUAACCAUGUAACUGGUUUGGUGUAUGUUGCACAGAGAGGAGAGAAUGUAGCAAAAGUACUCGUCUUUAACGUAGAUGGAGACUUCAUACAAGCUUGGAAUACCACGACUUUAGAGAUGCCCCAUGGAAUUUUCCUUGCUAAUGCACAUUCCAACCCUUCUGUCUGGAUUACUGAUGUUGGAACAGGACCAUAUGGCCAUACAGUCAAGCAGUACACUCCUUCAGGGAAGCUCUUGCAGAUUUUGGGCACACCAGGGAAAGCAGGGUCAGGUGUGAAUCCACUUCAGUUCGACCAGCCAGCAGAAAUCUUUGUCCAUGCUUCUGGUGAAAUAUAUAUUGUGGAUGGUGAUGGAGGCAUGAACAACCGUCUGAUUAAAUUAUCACAAGAUCUACAGGUGGUCUGGGUGCAUGGAGAGAAGGGCCAGGAGCUUGGACAGUUUUACAUUCCCCAUAGUGUAGCCGUGGAUAGCUAUCAGAGGGUAUGGGUGGCUGAUAGGGGAAACAAGAGAAUCCAGGUGUUCAAUUCAAUAACAGGAGACUGGCUUGGUACAUGGGGAAGCUGCUUUAGUGAAGAUGGACCUUACUCAGUUAGGCAAACUUCAAAUCAGAAGUAUUUUGUCGUGGUUCUUCUGAACAGUAGUCAGAUCACUCUGCUGGAAGCUCCUCCGAUUGGAGGGAUCGGUCAGUGUCAUGUUGUCAGUGUUAUCCAGUUGGCAGAUGAUGUGAAGCCCCACCUGGUUGAUAUCAACCUCAAAACAGGAGCAUUAUAUGUGGCAGAAAUUGGUGCUCAGCAGGUUCAAAAGUUUGUGCCUUACACUCUAGAUGGGAACACUGGAACUCAUUUCAGGGCAUGACAAACUGGUAAAAUGCAAAAUAUUACCGUAUCUUGCCCUUAAGAAAAUGCUUAUAAUUGCAAUAAUAAUUAUUUAGCAGAUGCUUUUGUCCACACACAACCAUAGAUAUACAAUAAUAGAUAUACCAUAACUCCAAGAGAAUUAAUUCAUUAUAGAUAGACAGAUAGUAAUCACUAAUCAUUGUUGUAAAUGACCUGUGGAACCCUGCUCCACUGGUACUUAAAUUUUACAUUAAAAAACACACAGGCAGAUGUACCAAGAUUGGCGCUGUUUACGCUGUGUUUGCCAUUGCCAGUCGCCAGGAACACUGUACCUUCUUAUUAUACAUUCUAUUUACCAAAUGUGAAAUUCAUCUCGUAGUUGGCACUUUUCUCUGCCCCUCUUAUGGUGCCCAACUGAAUGGUAACAUCCAAUCACAUCCUGUUUGAUAUGUCCUGUUGUUGUCUGUCUAUCUGACAAGCUGCAUGGUGCCAGAUACAUUUCUGUGCCCUGAUUCAGUGCUGCCAAAACUCCGCUUACCCUCUGUCUCUGGUCCUGCGAUAUGCUGUGUGAGAGAGGGAGUGGCUACAGUAGAGCAGAGAAAGCCAAUGUGUGCUUCUUUUACUGAUAUAUUUAACCAUAUCUUUUGCAUUACUUAUCCAAACAACAUCAAACUUGGCACUGCACUUACUCUUGCCCGUAGGAAGACACAUGCCAUGUUUGAAACAAUUGGACGAACGCAUAUUCGAGAGAUAUGCGAAUAACGAUUAUGGCAAUUCCUGUCAUUUGACUGAUACUGAUCUCAUUGUGUCUAAAAGUUUAUUCUAUUCACCCAUUUACCCGCAAUCUGGAUUACAACUGCUUUUAGAAGGUGGAACAUUUUCACACCAAAAAAGAUAUGCUUAUAAUGUAUGUUUCAGACUCAUCUUAAAAAUGGAUUCAAAAGGAUUUUUUUUGUGUGCACUGGUUAGUAUGCUGUUUUGUUAUUUUUCUAUAAGUGAGAGAGGUUUUGCACAGUACACAGAAUUCUAAUACAUUUUUGGGUAUUUAUUGUGCAUUUGUGUCUAUAAUAUUAAUAGUAUAAUAUAUUAUUUAUAAUAUAAUGGUGUUGUCAGUAUCACCCCUGUUUGUUGGUUGUUUUGCAUGUAAUACAUAUUUUUGACCAUCUAUGGCUCUGGUGUUGGUGCUUGACAGUUUUAAACUGGUGUGCACAGUCGGUAUGCUGUUCUGUUUUUAUGUAUAUUUCUUCAAAUAUUGCCAUCUUUUUUAAGUAAGUAGUAAAGGUAUCUGUAAAUGUUAAUUUACUAUGUCAUGGUUGAUCACGACAGCCAUAAUACCAGUAAUGGUGUGGGGGUAUGUGUGGAUGUGUACAUCUGUUUCAUGUCUGAAGAAGCGCUUGCACUCAAAAUAUUACAUGUGGUGGUAAUUGACCAUUAAAAGAGAUUGGGAGCAGCA